UUAGGGUGGAAGUGACCUUGAGAGAUCGUCUCAUUCCAGCCCCAGCCCCUUGCUAUGGGCAGGAACAGCUUCCACCAGGCAAGGUUGCUCCAAGCCCCAUCCAGCCUUGCCUUGAACACUUCCAGGGACGGGGCAGCCACAUCUUCUCUUCACAGCAGCCUGUGCCAGGGCCUCACCGCCCUCACAGCCAAAAAUUUCUUCCUAAUACCUAAUCUAAACCUACUCUGAGUUUGAAGCCAUUCCCCCUUGUCCUGUCACGACACGCUCUUGUAAAAAGUCUCUCUCCAUCUUUCUUGUAGGCUCCCUUCAGGUACUGGAAGUGUGUACCAGCGCAUCACCCACGUCCUCACAGUGCCUCUUGCUGAUGUCUCACCUCUCUUAGUUAUUUUCGAGAAGAACACACUUCCACAGGUUGUGGAGAUGCGUGUGGGGUGGGAAGGUGUAUUCUGGAGCUGUGACUGUCCCUGCGCUCAGUGUGUGCACGCUGGAACGCUGCCGUGUGUACCUGCGCCUCCCGCACCUCUUCACUCUGGCUGAUGGCUUCAGCUCCCCAUUAAUUAAUCCCUUAAUUAUGGACGGGAAGGGCCUUCCCCGGGCUGGAAAUGGGGAUGCGUGCGGGGUGGGAACGAGGAUUCCGGAGGCUGCGGCUGCCGCGUUCGCCGCAGGUCGGGGAUGCGAGCCCCGGGCCCGCCCCACCCCCUUCCGGUACCGGGAGAGGGCGUGGCUUAACGGAAGGGGGCAUGGCCUUGUCCCGGUGAGGGCGUGGCUUGUGGCAGCAGCGGCGCCCAUGGCGGAGCAGCGCGUUUCGCGCUGGUACUUCGGCGGCCUCGCGUCGUCCGGGGCCGCCUGCUGCACGCACCCCCUGGAUCUGCUGAAGGUGCACCUGCAGACGCAGCAGGAGGUGAAGAUGAGGAUGACGGGGAUGGCGAUGCACGUGAUCCGCACCGACGGCUUCCUGGCCCUCUACAACGGGCUGAGCGCCUCGCUGUGCCGGCAGAUGACUUAUUCCUUGACUCGCUUUGGCAUCUAUGAGACCGCAAGGAACCGCAUGAGCAACCAGGGGCCUCCCCCCUUCUACCAGAAAGUGCUCUUGGCUGCAGUAGGAGGUUUCACUGGCGGGUUUGUGGGAACCCCGGCAGACAUGGUGAACGUCAGGAUGCAGAACGACAUGAAGCAGCCGCCGGAUCAGCGGCGCAAUUAUUCCCAUGCCCUGGAUGGCAUGUACCGUGUCCUCCGGGAAGAGGGUGUGAAGAAACUCUUCUCAGGAGCAUCAGUGGCAUCGCUCCGUGGGGCCCUUGUCACUGUUGGACAGCUUUCCUGUUAUGACCAGGCCAAGCAGCUGGUUCUCGCUACUGGAUUUCUGUCAGACAAUGUCUUCACUCACUUCCUGUCCAGCUUCAUCGCUGGCCUGUGUGCCACAUUCCUGUGCCAGCCCCUGGAUGUGCUCAAGACCCGCCUCAUGAACUCCCACGGGGAGUACCAGGGAGUCGUCCACUGUGCCAUGGAAACCGCCAAGCUCGGACCACUUGCCUUCUACAAGGGCUUUGUUCCUGCUGCUGUCCGGCUGGUUCCUCAGACCGUUCUCACCUUUCUGUUCCUGGAGCAGCUGCGCAAACAUUUUGGGAUCAAAGUGACCACCUGAGUCUGGGGGACUGGACCCUGCCUUGCCCCGGGGGGGGUGAGCGUGUGGGUCACCCCCAAGACACCAGAACCCCUCUCUGCUCUCUGGGGCCAGUGCCAUUCCCCCUCCUCUCAACUCUACUCCUGUGCCUUGCCAGCACCUGUGGCCAACCCCUCCUCACAAAUUCACCCCUCCUCUCACCCCUGUUCUCAGCAUCUCCACCUCUGCAUACUGCUUCUGGGGGGUUUUGGUGGGGGGGUGUUUCUGUCUUCCCACUUCUCUACUGGCUCUGAGUUGUGUCCUCGCCCCCCCUCAGCCUUGUCCCUGAUGUGCCCCAGAAGCAGGACUGUGCUGUCUCAGGGAGUAGGGAGAUCAAAUGCCUGGCUCUGUCACAGAGCCCAUGGGGCUGGGGGGCUGCAGCUGCAGGCUGGGGCUUGGGGCAGGGUGUGCGAGGCGCUGUCCUCCCUCUGCCUUUAGCCCCCGCACUCCUCCCUAACCCCAGCGCAGCUUGCACCUCCUGCCCUGCUCCUGGCCUCCCACCCUCUGCUCCUGCUUGGCCAAAGCUCCUCAGCACCGCUGGCUGCUGGGCUCUUCAGGGAUCAUGCCUCAUACCAAUGAUGGUGGGGAGAGGACCUUGCUCUGGCAGGGCUGCUAAUGCCUGCUCGGGGACCCAGUACUCUCUUACCACAGUGCGCCCACCCCACAUGGAUCUGCUCUCUGUGGGGGCAUCCCCCUCCAGCACUCUGCAGCCUCUCUUACCUUGGGGCUGGGCAGACCCCACUCCUCACAGCCCCUCACCCCACACUGCCCAGUGUGAGGGGGCUGUGAGCACCAGCCCCUCUGCUAUGGCACCCCUGUGUGUGCUGGCCCCAAGGAAUCAAAGAACUGGAAUAUCUGAGACCUUGACGUAUAAUAAAGAGUGA